AGAUAAAGCAAAUACUGGGCUGAAACAGGACUCUUGGUUUUAAACACAUCAAUGAUUUAUCUGAAAUAUGCCUCAAGGUCUAUUAUUUUAGCUCUCAAAGUGGUGAACACACAGACUAGAAUUCUUUCCCAGUACAAGUUUAUUUAUGUUGGAGGGAAUUAGAUUGGCACAGUUCUAGGAUGUGUGCACUGUGUUCACGCGUAGUCAGCUUCUUCUGGUAGAUGGAGAGAGGGAGAGGGCUGGGGCAGGAGGAAAGGUUCAGGGAGACACCGUUAAGCCUUUCUUCCAUGACUGGAUGUUUAACACAACUGAGAAGAACACUCUGCUCUUGUCCAAACACCGUCACAGUGUGAGGAACACCAGUCCCCCACUGUCACUCGUCUCUGCCUGAGUGAAGAGACGAAAUGCUUAUUCCAAGUGCAACUUACAGAAUGACGUAAAGAAGGGAUGGAAUAAGCAUCUUUAUAUGGUAAACCUGCUAUAAGGACAGCACAAGGAUUUCUAAGGUCCUCUAUAGCAAGACCUCCUUUGCCCAGGUGGAGCAGCUUGACAUCAGCAUUUUCAACCCAUUCUGGGCCACUGAGUGUCAUGGAUGUGCUGAACCUGUGGCAGGAUGACCCAGAGGAGCUGCUGCUGGACCUGGGCUUUGGUGCAGAGGAACCGGACAUUACAGUGAGGAUCCCAGCCCGCUUCAUCAACCAUCAGUCCAAGGCUCGUGGCAUCAACAUCCAGCUGUUCCUGGAAGCACAGAAGAACCGCAUGGACAUUGAGAAUCCAGACGUCAGCAACCGGUUCAGACAGCUAGAGGUGCUACAGCAGGUCACUACAGCCUUCAAUUCCCUGGUUGGAGGCUCUGCUCAGGUUGCAGAAAAGCCAGGAGAAGCCCCAGUCUCAGCAGAAACCAAAGAGAGGAGGAAACGGGUUGGAAUGCUGCUACGCAAAGCCUCCAAGAAGUCCUUGAGCCAAGCGCCCGCUGCCCAAGACCACCAGCCGCUCUCCCCUCCGCUGACAGGCCCGUCCUCUAUCCCAGAUCUACCUGCAGAUCCUCCACAUGACAAGCGAAGCCCUGUAAAGCGUGCCAGGCAGUGUCUCCCUGACAGUGCCAGCCUCAGCCCGCUGGUAGAGGAGCAAAGCUCUGUCCCAGAAACAGCAGAACCCACCCUGACCACCCCUCUGCCUCAGUGCCAGAGUAGCAGUCAGAGGGGAGCCAGAGAGCCACACAACAUAGCCUCCACACAAAGGAGUCCAGGCGAGCCUGCAGAGUCUUUUGAGCUGGAAGAGAUCCAGAGCUUUGACGAGGGAAGCAUAGCAGGGAGUUGCACUAGCCCCACUGACCACUCAGGUAACGAACGAUCGUGCCUCUCCCGGGUCAGUUCAUGUGUGCUGAGGACGAAUAGUUGUCAAUCAGACAGCAGUGGGUUUCUGGAGGAGCCAAUUGUUCCUGCAUUUUCUCAGCACCCCAGCCCCGGACCUGAGCUAAUGAAGGUUCUGAAUGCCAUGUCGGGAGAUAGUACAGACAGCCAGCAGAAGAGUGUGGAGCAGGAGGAGACAGAGUUCCACUCUUCAGAUCCCCAGAGUUCCUCUGAGAGUCUGCUUGAACAAACUGAAUCCUGUGAACCACACUCAAACAUCGAUUCUUUGAAGGAAAUGACCCACAGCAAGCUAGUGAUGAGUGAAGAAGGUGCUACAGAAAGUUAUUUGCAGGACACUGAUCGGAUAGACAUGAAUGUUGCUGAUAACUGUGUUGAGGAAAGUACCACAUCACAGGAUAGUGGUCAAGUAGAUUGUUUGGUAGGUAUGAAUGUUGGCCAGAAGGACAUUGCUGAAGACUAUGUUGAGGAAAGUACCACAUCACAGGACACUGAUCAAGUAGAUUGUUUAGUAGACAUGAAUGUUGCCCAGAAGGACAUUGCUGAAGACUAUGUUGAGGAAAGUACCACAUCACAGGACACUGAUCAAGUAGAUUGUUUAGUAGACAUGAAUGUUGCCCAGAAGGACAUUGCUGAUGAAAAUAUUGGAGAAACAAGAUUACAGGACACUGGUAAAGUAGACGGUUUGGUAAAUGCAAAUGUUGUGCAGAAGGACACUGCUGAAUACUAUACUAGAGAAAGUACCACAUCACAGGACACUGGUCGAGUAGUCGGUUUGGUAGAUAUGAAUAUUACCCAGAAGGACAUUGCUGAAGACUGUGUUGAAGAAAGUACCUCAUCAUAUGACACUGGCCAAGUAAGCUGUUUGAUGGAUGUGAAUCUUGCACAGAAGGACAUUGCUAAAGACUGUAUUAGAGAAAAUAUUACAUCACAAGACACUGAUCGAGUAGACUGUUUGGUAGACGUGAGUGUUGAAAAAAAGGACAUUACUGAAAAUUACACAGGAGAAAGUACCAGAGCACAGAACUCACCAAAUCCACCUCCUGAUGUGGUUCCAGAAGGUGAUUCUUGGAUGAAGGUACUAAAAUCAGACUAUCCUCUUUUUAACACAGGGUCAUCUCCCUCUGACAUUACAGAACCUGAAGUAGCUUCCUCUACAGAAGCCAAUAAGACAAACAGUGGGGCUCUGUACUCUGGACGUUCCGUCUCUGUACAGAUGCGCUCCUCCCUGGCCUCUGUUUCCCAGAGUUCCCUGAGAGGAAGCCUUAGCCACAGCCCUUCCCUAGGGCCCACCUCCCCUAGCAGCACCCAACAUGGAAGACAGUCCUUCUCCCAUAGGGUCCAUUCAGAUGUGGACAACCCUUCAGACCCUCUCAGCGGUCCCACCACCCCCACACCAUCUCAACUAGUGACCCCAUCACCCCAGCGUUCUCAGGAGAGCUCUAGAGGCCUCCAGAAUUUCCGGUUGCGCUCCACGUCUUUGGACAUGGGUACGUCAUACGAUGAGGACAGGCGUUGGGAGGGGGCGCUGUGGGCCGGCGCUCAGUGCUGCUGCUCCUGUGACCACAACUGUGGCUGCUGCUGCAAGAACAAGAGUGGUCAUAAGCAGCACUCCGGCACCAUGGGCCAGCUGCACACAGCCUUCAGUCUGCCAUAUUCUUUGGAUGAAUUGGAGGGCAUGAUGAGAUGUAUGAGGAAGUUCCGGCGGGUGUUAUCAGAGAUCGAGGAGAGGCUGGAAGAAGAGCAGACGUCAGUGCUCAGCUCUUUGUCAGAUGCGCACAGGGCAGAGGUGCAGGAUGUGUUGGAACUGAGGACAGCUGUCAAACAGGAAGCAGUGUUGCUGGAGCAGCAGCUAACUGAUCUGGUCCAUGCUUAUGAUGACAAUAUUAAAAUGAAGCUGAACAGGCUUUUGGAUGAGCAGUCUCAGUUGUGCUCCCAGUUGCAGAUUACUCCUUCUGACACACCUCACUCAGCCCACAUCUCCAUGAGAAGUGUGGCCAUUCAGUGCUCCUUGCUGCCCAUGAUGGACACCACACAGUCAUGCCUCUUUCAGCAAGCCACCAAAGAUGCAAAUCUCACCCACCAUGAUGAAUGGAGCCCUGGCAGCAAGGCUGACAAGCUGGACUUUGUGGGGUUUAUCAAAAGUUUAAAGGAUGUAUCCAUCAGCAAUGACUCAUUGGAAUGAAAAGUUCCUCAGUGUCAAGAGUGAAGAGAAUAUUUGCACCGUGGUGUAGUAUUUUGGAGUUACAGUUUAAUUUUGUUUUCUAUUUUAAAAUAUUUUAUGAAUUGAUUUAUUUUUUUAGUGUAAUGCACUGAGACAUGCUGUAAAUCUUUACGACCAAUAAAGAACAUUCAACGUAAAAAACGAACACCAUUUCUGUUCUGAUAUUGUGCACAUUGUCCACAUGGGUCGCCCUUUAAAAUAUGA